UUUCCAUUUAGAUUGUUUUCACUCCCCCCAGCUUGGCUGUCACCAAAUGCCCAGAGGAGGAGAUCUAUGAGUUGAGGUGGCUGGCUGCGGUCAGAUCAGUUUUUGGUUAGAUAUCAGAAACAAUGGGUGACUGGAGUUUCCUGGGACGACUAUUAGAAAAUGCACAAGAGCACUCCACGGUUAUUGGCAAGGUUUGGCUGACUGUACUCUUCAUUUUCCGGAUUUUGGUACUAGGAGCAGCGGCUGAAGAGGUCUGGGGGGAUGAGCAGUCUGACUUUACUUGUAACACCCAGCAACCAGGUUGUGAGAAUGUUUGCUAUGACAAGGCAUUUCCCAUUUCCCACAUUAGGUUCUGGGUGCUUCAGAUUAUAUUUGUGUCCACCCCCACCCUCAUCUACCUGGGCCAUGUUCUGCAUAUUGUGCGAAUGGAAGAAAAGAAAAAAGAGAAAGAGGAGGAGCUGAAGAAGUGCAUCAAAGGUAAUGAUGAGAAGGAACUUCUCCUAAGAAAAGGAGUUGAGAAGAAGGAAAAGCCUCCUAUCAGAGAUGAAAGAGGCAAAAUCAGGAUAGGUGGUGCCCUCCUUCGCACAUACGUCUUCAACAUCAUUUUCAAGACUCUGUUUGAGAUCGGUUUUAUUGUAGGACAGUAUUUCCUCUACGGUUUUGAGCUAAAGCCCCUUUACAGAUGCAACCGAUGGCCUUGCCCCAAUACUGUGGACUGUUUCAUUUCAAGGCCGACCGAAAAGACCAUUUUUAUCAUAUUUAUGCUUGUAGUGGCUUGCGUGUCUCUUUUGCUGAAUAUGUUAGAGAUAUAUCACUUGGGAUGGAAGAAGCUCAAGCAGGGCAUGACUAACAGAUACAUCCCUGACCCAGCUUGCAAUAAGGCAGAGCCUCCUAGUCCGCUCCCGCGAACUGCACCACCUAGCAUGUCUUUCCCGCCAUAUUACACGGAUGCAGCUGCUUCCCCUCCGGUCGUGCAACAUGCAUACGCCAGGUCUCCCCUCUCUGAUUUCAAGAUGGCAUCACUGGCAGAAGAACCUCUAGACCCAUCCUACUUUGGAGGUCAUCAUGAACACCACUCAUUAGCAACUGAGCAGAACUGGGCCAACCUGGCUGUGGAGCGGGAAAGGAAACUGGGGUCAAGUGGUGCAAGCGCAUGUAGUGGCAGCACUUCAGCCCCAAGUAGUGUGAGAAAUGAAGGGGGAGGGGAGGAGGUGGCAACUGGCUUGGCAGGGAGUGGGAGCAGCAUAAGGGCGGAAGUCGAGGAGAGACCAGCGACCACAACAGUGGAGAUGCAUCAACCGCCUGUCCUGAUAGAUACAAGAAGGCUCAGUAGGGCUAGCAAGUCCAGCAGUAGCAGAGCCAGGUCAGAUGACUUAGCUGUCUAGCUGUUUUGCAGGGCACAAAUAUAUAUAAAUCUGUGUGUCAGCGCAGAAUAUACCGG